GUAAAACGUAAGCUGGGAACUUCAAUUGGAACCAGCUUUUAAAGCUUCUCGUCAGAAGAUCAUCGGCUUACACUUAAGAUUCAAUCAGAAAUCAAAUCAGUUGAGUGUUUUCUUCAUUGUUUAGCGAACGUGCCGCUAAAAUAAUAAGUUAAGAAUAUGAUUUUACUGAAUUGCCUAGUAAUAUGCCUGGGCAUAUUUUCGUGUGGAGCGCAGGACACUUCCUUGGACAAACUGAUAUCGGACAUCUUCAAAACCGACGAUCCCACAGCAUCAUCCACUCCCAAUCCGAUUCCCAGUCUCAAUCCCAAUCCGAAUCCCAAUCCCAACCCCACUCCCGUAGUGAACCCUAAGGAUUCGUCCGGUAACACAGGAUCCGAGAACGGAGGAUCCGGAUCUGCUCAGUACGAGUCCUGUGGCGAUCAGAAGGAGUGUGUUCCCCGUUGGUUGUGUGCAAAUAACACGGUUAACACCGAUGGCGAAGGUAUCAUAGAUAUUCGAAUUGAUACGGGCUCGAACUCGGAGUGCAAAAACUACUUGAAUCUGUGUUGUGAUCUACCCAACAAGAAAAAAGAACCGAUUUUCGAUUUAAAACCAGAUCAUCCUGAAGGCUGCGGAUACCAGAAUCCCAACGGUGUCGGCUUUAAAAUCACUGGAGCUGUCAACCAGGAGGCCGAGUUCGGCGAAUUCCCCUGGAUGCUGGCCAUUCUGCGUGAAGAAGGCAAACUUAACCUGUACGAAUGUGGUGGAGCUCUCCUAGCUCCCAAUGUGGUUCUGACCGCGGCUCAUUGCGUUCACAACAAACAGCCAAGUAGCAUUAUUGUGAGAGCUGGCGAAUGGGAUACGCAAACGCAGACAGAGAUCAGAAAUCACGAGGACCGCUAUGUGAGGGAAAUCAUCUACCAUGAGCAGUUUAGCAAGGGAUCCCUACACUACGAUGUGGCUGUGAUGCUGUUGGAAGGUCCAUUUACCCUUCAGGAGAACAUCCAGACCGUUUGCCUGCCCAACGUGGGUGAUACUUUCGAUUUCGAUCGUUGCUUUGCCACCGGCUGGGGCAAGAACAAGUUCGGCAAGGAUGGCGAAUACCAGGUCAUCCUGAAGAAGGUGGACAUGCCCGUGGUGCCCAAUCAGCAGUGCCAGACGAAUCUGCGCGAAACUCGCCUCGGCAGACACUUUAUUUUGCACGACAGCUUUAUUUGCGCCGGCGGUGAAAAAGAUAAGGACACCUGCAAGGGCGAUGGCGGCUCCCCACUGGUGUGUCCAAUCGCUGGCCAGAAGGACCGCUUCAAGUCAGCCGGCAUUGUCGCCUGGGGAAUCGGAUGCGGCGAGGAGAACAUUCCGGGAGUGUACGCCAACGUGGCCAAACUUCGUCCUUGGAUCGACUCCAAGUUGAAGAUUUGGAAUAUUGACCCUAGGCACUAUACACCCUAAGAGCAAACUGUGAAAAUUUAAAAUGAUAUCAAUGCUCUCACUUAAUAUAUGCCCAAUAUGUUAAUAUUCAAACUUA